AGUAAACAACCCAUUCCUCUCGCCGAAUACGACACCGGUUUAAUCAUUUGAACCAAACCACCACUAAAAAACUUAAUUGUUUUUCUUGUACGAGAAUAAUUCAGAUUCUUUUCUUCUUCGAAUCUAAAACCCAUUACCUCCCUCUCUCAAUUCGAUCAAUGACGUACAGCGAUGUCGCCGAUAAGACGGUGCCUGAGCUGAAAUUGAGAAUGGAGGAUUCCGAGAAAGGAGAUUAUGUGAAAUUAAGAGAUGGAUCCGUUGAAGAAGAAGAAGGAUCUUCGAUAGGAUCUGUGUGGUUCUGGGUUAAAUCCAUAUCCCUCGUGGCUUGUGUUGGUGUAUUGGCAUUUGUAAUUAUCAAAUGGAUUGCUCCGUUUCUGAUCGAAAAGGAACUGAUUCCAUUUAUAAAAUGGGUGAGAAGCACAUUCAGUAUCCCUGUGCUAGGUCUUCUCCUAUUUGCCUCGGUUGCUUUAUUCCCAAGCAUUCUUCUUCCUUCCUCUCCUUCCAUGUGGAUGGCUGGUCUCACCUUUGGUUAUGGCAAAGGGUUUCUAUUGAUUUUAUCAGCUGCAUCAAUCGGUGUAACUCUUCCUUUCUUGAUCGGACAUCUCUUCCUUCACAAGAUGCAAGAAUGGUUGAAGCAAUACCCGAAAAAAGCAGCCAUACUUCGAGCAGCCGGUGAAGGAAACUGGUUUCAUCAGUUUCAAGCAGUCACGUUAAUCCGUGUCUCUCCAUUCCCUUACAUGAUUUACAACUACUGCGCAUUAGCGACCGGAGUUCACUACGGUCCUUACCUCUUAGGCUCUCUUGUUGGAAUGGUUCCUGAGAUCUUUGUCUCCAUCUACACGGGGAUAAUGCUGAGAACACUAGCGGUUGCAUCAGACAAGAGACACACUCUCUCGGCAGUGGAGAUAGUAGUGAAUGUUCUUGGUUUCUGUGUAACUGCUAGCGCGACUAUAGUCUGCACAAUGUAUGCGAAGAAGAAGUUAAGCGCAAUGCAAUUAGAUGAAGUAGAGACAGCAUAAAACACACAACUACUUAACGUUUUUUCAUCUCUAAACGUUUAAGGAGCCAGCCUUACCACAACAUAUCACCUUCUAACACGGAUCUUGAAACUCAUCAUAUUAUAUAUAUAUUUUGUUUUGUUUUAUAUUAAUUUGAAAAUGUAAAUCUCUGCUUUUUUUCUUCUUGUAUAUAUCUCAACUGAAUUUUGAAUUUAAUUUUUUCAUGUAUAUCUCAUUAGAACAUCUAGUUCUUUAAUUUCCUAUAAUAAAUUAGACUCGUGGAGUUAUACUUA